AUGGACACCAACCACAACGCCUCCGAUGAGAAGGCACAGAUCGAGUUGCGAGAGGAUGGAGAACUGACGCCUUCGGAAACGAACCACAUACAUGUCGGCGCUGGUACAGAGGCGCCGAUGACAUGGAAGACAUGGCUGGUCAUCUUCAUUCUGUCGUCCUGCUUCGGUCUUUCGUUCUGGCCAGUCCCGACCACGGGAGCCAUCCAAGCGAAGCUGGUCGUACUCCUCGGUGACGAAACGGGGGUCAGCUCGUACUGGUUCGUUCCGGCGUACACAACGGGAAGUGCUCUGGGCUUCUUGAUCGCUGGUGCCAAUUCCGACUUGUUUGGGAGGAGAUGGUUUUUGUAG